CCGUUCCUCGCGAAGAUGACGUCCCGCCUGCGCGGCCCUUCGGCGGUGAAGGACACGCCGAGGGCCGCCUCGUUCACCAAGGAUCAUUUCCAUCGAAGCGAGCCGGAAGUGCUCUCCAGCCAGUCGUGCAAGAACGGCGGGCGCAGCAAUCGUUAUCAUUUCGGUAUGUCAAAGCAGCACGACAACAAGGCAGAACGGAACGGACAGGAGUAUAAUAAGAACCUCGCAGAAUCGAAAGAAAACAGUGUCGAUCUGUUGUACAAGAAGAGCAGAGAACACUUCGGUUCUUGGGACGUCGUCAAGGACGUCGUUCAGGAUGAUGCGAGAAAAUCAAGAAGGCAGGAUCUUGAGGACACGCAAUUGACGAAUGGAAAAUUUAAAAGUGAACCGGUGAGUGCGAAGCUGAAUAAAUCGCCGGAAUACCGAGACGAAGGAUACGUCGGAUCCUUGCCGAGGGAAGGCCGACAAAGAGGCGAGUCUGUCGAACGAGAGCUCAAUGGUUCUCAUAAAUCGAAGAUAAAAGAGUCGUGGGAGGAUGAAACGGAGUCGAGGACUCGAGGGAGGACAUCUAAGAUUAACAAGAGCAAUAAUAGUAACAACGACUCUACGCAAUCCGUCGAUGAAAGGGAUAUACUGCUUAAAGAGAUCGAAAAUUUAGCUAUCGAUGGCAGUCAAUCGCCAGAUCGUAGAAUCCAGGCGAUGAUCGAGCGAUUAAAAUCGCGAGAAGAGAGCAAGUUACGAUUCAGAAGAGAACAGAGAUCGGCGAGUCCUGAAAAGGAAGCGCACGUCACGACGAAAAGCGACGGCAGGAAUGACCCACGAUCGCCGAUCAUCGAUCAUCUGUUCGAUAAUCUGUCUAACGAUCGAGGUAGGAAAAUGAAGGAUGAUCGCGAGUCCAAGUUGCGCGGAAAACCCGAUCGAGAAGAGGAUGCUGACCGACGCGAACGAUCCGCUGAUCGAAGAUCGAAAAGCAUCGAGAGGCAGAACGAAGCUCGCGAGCCUCGAAGAGACGACAGUUUCCGAAAAAUGAGCGAUGCCUACAACGCCGAGAAAAAUUACAGAAGAUCGAUAGAAGACGAAGAAGCUCAAUCGUCAUCGAGAGAUAAUUUGAAGAGGAGGAGUUAUACUUAUGAAGGUUUGCCGGAAGAUUUUGACGUAAGGAUACAGAGAUACGACAGGGCUCUCGUCGAACCUAGAAGAGAUCUAGAUAGAAGUUCGCCCAGACGAAGUUCGCCUAGAAGUUCACCUAGACGGAAUUUGUCCAGAGAACUCAGUUUGGACAGAAAGGAAUCUCUGAGGGAGUACGAUCGAGAACCGAUAACCAAGAAAAAUUCCUUCAAAGCUGAAUCCAAGAGAGCGACCAGCAAGGAUCGCGGUGAGUCGAAUCUGAUCAGAAAGACAUCGUUGAAAGAUCGGGAUAACGACGCGUACAAGAAGCACAUUUCGAAAAAUCAAUAUGAUACUUCAAUCAGAUAUUUUGGCAAGGAUCAAGAAGAUCUACCUUGUAAGGAUUCCUUUAAAGACUUAAACACGGAUGUAAAUAGAAAGGGUUUUUUCAAGGUACGAGACAGUGAGUUCGACAGAACUUUCCUAAAAGAUCAGCACGACGACGUGGAAAGAAAAGUCUCCAUGGAACACGCAGGUGGCGUCAGCAGGAUUGUCUUGAAAAAUUUCGAUGACGAAUCGAACAGAAAUAACUUUAAGAAUAUAAACGAGGAUUCUGGGAAAAAGAAUUCGUUUAGAGAAAAGAAUGUCGAGUUCGGCGGGAUUUCCUACAAAGAUCGUGAGAGUAAUUCAGAGAGGAGGAAAAACAGCUUCAAAAAUGAUGACAAAGAAUUCGGGCGAACAUUGUAUCACGAUUAUGAGAAUAACAUCGAUAGGAAAACUGCGAACGAUCGAUAUAUCGAGUUUGGUAAAGUAUCCUUUAAGACGCAAGACGAUGAGCUACGCGUUUCGAGUCCUUUCAAGGAAGAGGAUAACGAGACGAUAGUCAGAACGAGUUCCUUCAAGGAGCACGACAGUUUUCCGAGGAGACGUGCGUCCUUGCGAAGUAGAGAUCGCGAAGUAUUCGAGAAGAAAUCAGACAGACAUUCGAAAGCGUUGACGCCACCGAAGAAAGAUGAGGCAGAGAAUAAUGCCAAGGACUCGAAGAAUUUUUGUGCCAAGUCUUGGUACGAAAGCAAUCGAAUAUUCUCCGCCAAAUAUCUGCGGGAUCACAGUAAGCUGCGGAGUACUCAAGAAGGACGUCUCGACGCUGACGUUUCGCCCGAGCGCGGAUUCCUGGUCCUGCAAGAUAUGCGAGGCGAUACGGUCACGGAGACAUCCGCGAACGAUCUUGAGGAAAAUCGAUUCGAGACGCGCGGCAGGAUCGACUCCGGUGACAAGGAUUCGUCGCGAUUUUCCUCGACUCGCGAUCGCAACGGCGCCACGAUCAUCAGAAUACGAUCGUCGGAGGAUUCUGGCGGCGUGACGGAGAGGCGCCGUCGGCGCCGUCCCGCGCAGGAAAUAUGCGCGGUUAGACGCAAGAAAUACGAGGACGAUGAUGAAGACAGCGACGAGGACGAAGAGGAGGAUCGCUGGCGAAGGACUCGAAGGGACGGCGGAAUCCUGCCAGGAAGAGGCGGCGGCGGCGGCGGCGACGCCGGCGGCGACGCGACGCCCUCGAGAACGGUCUGGAACUACCGCGAAGGGGGUGUUCUCAUCACGGAUGUCGAAGAAGGGCAGCCUUGUUUGCAAUGUGGAGAAACAUGUUCCGGAUUUUCAUCGCAUGCUUGGAGAAAAAACUGUACUAGCUGCAAGUGUCCGCGGGAAGCCCACGAUGUCUGCCACGAGGAAUGGGCAUCUGUCAGAUCUCGUUUGGGACUUAAAGGUGACGAGUCGAACGGACCCAUCGGUAUGGAUCCCAGAGAAAGAGGUCUCGCUUGGGCACCCCCUGGACUUCCAUCGCAUAAGGUGGAAGAAUAUUUUUCGAUGUUACCGGAGAUCGCUGUACCAAGACUCGGUACGCCCGGCGAACGGCACAGAGAUCGUCAAUUGGCGAUCCAGCUGCCUAAACAGGACUUAGCAAGGGCCUACUGUCGUCACUUGGAUCCCAAACAUGCCAGUAGCGCCGACGAUUUUAUGGCCGCCAGGAAUGAGAUCGCCUUGGAUAUUGGUAGCGUGCAGGAAGUUCUUGAGAGAGAUCUCGAGUGCGGUGUGUGCGGAUCGUCCCUGAAAUACGGCAGCCUCGCUGUGUCAGCCAGUAAACUGGGUCUUCUCUAUCAUCCAGCGUGCUUUAGAUGCGCGGAUUGCAAAGAGCUCCUGGUCGAUCUCGCUUAUUGCGUGCAUGACGACACGCUUUUCUGCGAGAGGCAUUAUGCGGAACAACUUAAGCCGAGAUGCGCUGCGUGCGACGAGUUGAUUUUCAGUGGCGAGUACACAAAGGCGAUGAACAAGGAUUGGCAUAGCGGCCACUUCUGUUGCUGGCAAUGCGACGAAUCCUUAACAGGACAGCGCUACGUUCUCAGAGACGAGCAUCCUUACUGCAUUAAGUGCUACGAAAGCGUUUUCGCCAAUGGCUGCGAGGAAUGCAACAAAAUCAUCGGCAUCGACUCUAAGGAUCUGUCGUACAAGGAUAAGCACUGGCAUGAGGCCUGCUUCCUCUGCAACAGGUGCAGAGUAUCCUUGGUGGACAAACAGUUCGGUAGCAAGUUGGACAAGAUCUAUUGCGGCAACUGCUACGAUGCCCAAUUCGCCAGCCGUUGCGAUGGAUGCGGCGAGAUCUUCCGUGCUGGCACCAAGAAGAUGGAGUACAAGACCAGACAGUGGCACGAGAAGUGCUUCUGCUGCGUGGUCUGCAAGAAUCCGAUCGGCACGAAGAGCUUCAUCCCGCGCGAGCAGGAAAUUUAUUGUGCCGGAUGUUACGAGGACAAGUUCGCCACCCGAUGUGUUAAGUGCAAUAAGAUCAUCACCAGCGGCGGCGUGACAUACAAGAACGAGCCAUGGCACAGAGAUUGCUUCACCUGCAGCAACUGCAACAACUCCCUGGCGGGACAACGAUUCACAUCGCGCGAUGACAAACCAUACUGCGCCGAUUGUUUCGGCGAGCUCUUCGCCAAGAGGUGCACUGCUUGCUCCAAGCCGAUCACCGGUAUCGGUGGUACUCGCUUUAUCUCAUUCGAGGACAGGCACUGGCAUAACGAUUGCUUCAUUUGCGCGGGCUGCAAAACUUCGCUGGUCGGACGUGGCUUCAUCACCGACGGCGACGACAUCAUCUGCCCUGAAUGCGCCAAGAUGAAGCUGAUGUAAAGCGCGCGGCUUCACGACGACGAGAAUGAAAGCGGGAUCGAGCGGAGGGAGGAGCGGAGGGAGAGAAAGGAUGAGGAGCAAGAUGCACUUCCGACGCGGAAUCCGUCAAACGAAUUCCGUUGCACGCCAUAAUACCGUCGUCGCGAUUUUACUGGCCGACAAUUCGGGCUUGAAACGAAUGCAGCACGCAGACGGUAGAGAACUUCGCACAUCGAGAGACGAGAUCGCGGGGAGACGUAAUAAAAAUUAUAAAUAGACAAAAAAAAAAAAGAAAGAAGAAGCUUUGCAUCGCGAUAAUUUUUAUUAUGAAUAACCGACGUGUUUUGAUGAAAUUUUCCGCGCCGAUUUUUUUUUCGAGAUGAUAACAAGGCUCGAGAAUCCUCUGGUCAAGUCUUUAUCUUGAUCAGCACAGUGAUUUCACGAUCGUCGAUUGAUCGUUCGGAAAGGAAGGCGGCGCGAAAGUACGCGAGAGUCGUUUCUAGCUUCGUAGUCGUAGCGACAUUAGUCUAUUCGUUAUUUCGUUCUGCGUGUAUUUAUGCGAACACUGUCGCGAAUCAGCUUGUGUUCGAAAUCGACCUGCUCGACCUCAUCGUGUCGGGAUAUCGGAAAACGAAAGAGGCGUGAACGGGAGAGAAAAAAA